AUGGCCCUUCCUAGCGUUCUUGCGCUGCUUUUGGUGGCCUCUGCGGGCGUCAGUGCAGAUGCCGAGGUGACUAUGUUCGCAAAUGGUUCUCUGUCUAGCUUUGGUCUGACCACGGCCUGUGAACUUUCGCUAUAUAAUAGCGUUGAUUGUGACCCGGGCGUGUCAUCCCUGGCCACGAGCUCCUAUGGGGGCAGCCUAGACAACGACACGUUGACGUCUCUGACUAGCUGUGGCAGCACCGCUGAACUGGUCCCCGGAAUGACUUUUCUCGCGCUGGUUGAUCAGGUCUGGAGUAAUUGGAAUUCCUCUUGCUUUACUGAUCCCACAACCGGUGACAAUUGUAACGAUGUUAUUGCGGCGUUCCCUGAUGUUGACGAUGUCAUCGAUCUGCCUACUGCAGAUCUGUGCUCGUAUUGCAACACAACUUACGAGAGCGUUGCAAAGGCUUGUAACCUCACCGUUUCUGAUUUUGACCUAGUGCAAAGUGAGUUCAACGUUACAGUCCCAUCUGUUGAUGUGAACUGCGUUUCUGGGAAUACGUAUACGACCAAGGAAGGCGAUACGUGUGACUCUAUCGCCUACGCCUAUGGCGUGUCCGCUGCUACUAUGUUUUACAUCAAUCCUAGUCUAGUCAAUUGCUCAUCGAUCUGUAAUGGGACCGAUCUGUGCCUGCCCCAGACUUGUAGCAGCAUCUACACGAUCCAGGCCAAUGACACCUGCAGCACUAUUGCUGUCGACUAUGGCCUCCUGACGGUGGACGUAAUCAACUUCAACUCUCAGCUCAACGUGAACUGCAGUAACCUGGUUGAUCCUGUCCCUUACUGGGGCUCGACCCUUUGUGUCUCCACCCCAGGAGGCAUAUAUAUUGGCCAGCCCCUAAACACCACUACCGAUGACAGCGUUAGUUCAAUUGUUAAUCCCCCGGCAGGCAGUGUCGUGGCUACCGGCACAACCACUGACUGCAGCGCCUGGUUUGUCAACGAUGCUAGCCUCAAUCUCACCUGCGCGCAGAUCUGUCUGUCCAACCUGAUCGCAAUCAAUCUGUUCACCGAGGCCAAUCCUUCUCUGAACAAGACGACCUGUGACAACGAUUUGGUGGCCGGUUCCGCCUAUUGUGUCGAUCCACUGUCCGGGUGGAACUAUGGAAAUUCCAUCAGUAAUGCUACCACGACCACUUCGGUCUCUGUAGCCAGCACCCCUGCGGUUCCCACACAGACGGGAAUUGUUUCAGAUUGUAACAAAUACUACACUGCUCAAAAUGGCGAUAAUUGCGCUACAGUAGCUGCAGAAUUCGGCAUCACCACCGCCCAAUUCCUAACCUGGAAUCCGGCUGUUUCUUCUGACUGCACGUCUGGCUUCUGGGUUGAUGAGGCGUACUGCGUCGGCGUGUCGUCGGCUACUACUACUACUACCACCACCACCGCAGUCCCAACAACAUCAACAUCAUCCAAAGCGGCCACGGCUUAUACAGUGACAGCCCCCGCGCCAACUCAAUCCGGUAUUGCCAGUGACUGCGAUCAGUACUAUGUGCCAGUCGACGGCGACACCUGCGAGACUGUGGUGAGCGAAUUUGGUAUCACCACCGCCCAAUUCCUUGCCUGGAAUCUAGCGGUCUCUUCAGACUGCUCAUCUGGCUUCUGGCUCGAAGAGGCAUACUGCGUCGCCAGGGCAACUACGGCUACUACGGUGUCACCUCCUGCUCUAACGCAGACCGGCAUUGCCAGUAACUGUGAUGAAUACUACGUGCCAGUCGAUGGCGACGACUGUGGUACUGUGGCCACUAAAUUUGGCAUCACUACCGCUCAAUUCCUGGCCUGGAACCCGGCUGUCUCGUUAGAUUGUACUUCUGGGUUCUGGUUGGAGGAAGCGUACUGUGUGGGGGUAUCAUCGUAG